GAAACGAGCUGAAAAUGAGUGGUAGAGGAAAAACCGGUGGUAAAGCGAGAGCGAAAGCUAAGACUCGUUCAUCUAGAGCUGGACUGCAGUUUCCGGUUGGUCGCGUUCACCGAUUGCUUCGUAAAGGAAACUAUGCGGAGCGCGUCGGUGCCGGUGCUCCAGUUUAUCUGGCCGCCGUGCUCGAGUAUCUGACUGCUGAGAUCCUCGAGUUGGCUGGUAACGCAGCCCGAGACAACAAGAAAACCCGCAUCAUUCCCAGACAUCUGCAGCUGGCGGUGCGUAAUGACGAAGAGUUGAACAAACUCCUUGGAGGCGUCACUAUCGCUCAGGGUGGAGUUCUGCCCAACAUCCAAGCUGUGCUGCUUCCCAAGAAAACCGAAAAAGCCGUGAAGGCCAAGUAAUUCCUUCAUUGCACACAGGAGUAUCAUUCACCCCAAAGGCUCUUUUAAGAGCCAC